UCAAAGGCCUGACUACUGCACCCCAAGCAAUACAACAUUAUUGUGACUACUGAUUCACACACACAUACACACACAUACAUGUGGGAGACCAGAGGAGAACAUUCCACAACAGCAAAGAACCGGGCGGCACGAACAUCCUGAGGAAACAACACUCACUUCCUGUCAAAUUAAGCCAAGCCGACGGCUGCUCGGGGUGAUAACCGCCACCACUCGCUGACCACUGAGUGGCUGUAGUAGAGCACCACCUUAGUAUCAGCUCCCACCCACCAGUUCCACAUCUGCCCACCGCCCAUCAACCAGCCUAGUCACAAGUCCGUUAACUUACAGGACAGUCGGCAGUGUUCCUCAACAGGAUGGGCCUCCUACUACUGCUCACCUCCACGCUCCUGUCCAGCUACUUCCAUCCAUGGAGAGUGGUGGACGCGCAGGCAUUAUUCACAAUAAAAGGCAUCACCCUAUCCAUCGAGCCCAGUGAUGAUGUCAUUCGAGACACCAGUGUGAUACUGAAAUGCCAGGCCGUUGUCAGCAGCUCAGGGCAGGAGCCACUGAGUCGUCAUUACACCAUAUACAAGGACGGGGAAGAAGUCUACACCAAGACAUCCAGCACCUCGGAGGAUCUUCUGUACCGACUGCCCGAGGCCAGAGUCUCCAACACCGGCAAAUAUAAGUGCCAGAUCACCAUUGAGGACAAAAAGAUGAUCAGCGAUUUUAAGAGACUCACAGUAACAGGCCUGUCAGUACCAGAGGUCCACCUUAACAAGGCUGUGAUCAGUGAGGGGGAGGAGGUAACAGCCAGGUGCAUGGCACCUGGUGAGACAGGCUCCAUCAUUUUCUACUUCUACGAAGACUCCAAAGAGAUCUUGGAGAAGAAGGUCAACUCCAACCAGACUGAGGUGAAGCAUCGCUUCAACAGCGUUGGCAUCCACAAAGUUCACUGUGCCUACACUGUCCUCGUGAUGCCAGACUCCUUCAAGUCCAAAGAUAGCAACACUGUCCCCAUUUCAGUCAAAGAGUAUCCCAUCACACUGGUUUUGGACAUUUCCCCUACGUACAAGAUCUAUGAAGGAGACAGACUCGACAUCUCGUGCACCAUCAUAAAGUCUCAGCAUAGCUCUCAAAGUAUCCAACUGUUCUUGAGCCAGGGGACCCAACUUCUCCGCAGUGAAAGCACUAAAACCAAAGUCAGCCACAACAUGACCGCACUGGCAAAGAACUCAGGGGAGUUUGAGUGCAGAUUAGUGAUGGGAAAUGUAGUGAAAGUUGCCACGAAGACGAUUUCAGUGACAGAGCUGUUUUCAGUGCCCAUUCUCACCAUGUCUCCUGCUGAAGUCUUUGAAAAGGAAUAUAUGAAACUAACCUGCAAAAGUGAAAGCUUUGCCUCUGAAAAACUCCGCAGGGAAGAGUUGAUAUACUCUCUGGAUCCAUCCAAAAACGCACUGAGCCAAAACAAUGGGGAAUUUUCUGGCUUGGCCCUGCAGCAUGAUUUGAACUAUACCUGCAUAGCUCGAGCCAAGGGCAUCGUGAAACACAGUAACACCCUGACUGUUCGUCCUAAAGUUCCUGUCUCCAAUCCAAAGAUCUCGGUGGUUGACAAGGUGGUCCUCAAACAGCCCUUCAAGAUACUCUGUAAGUCGGACAAUGGCAGCCUGCCAAUAAACUACACCUUGCUGAAGGACAAAAGCCAACUGAGCACCAUCAGCGUCAAGCUGCCCAUUCAAAAAGCGCUCUUCACAGUCACCGUCACCCAUACUGAUGAAAUAAGCAAGUAUACGUGCGAGGCAAAGAAUAGUCACAAGAAAAGCCUGGUCAGUGAAAAACUCAACGCUACUGUCAUAGUGCCUGUUUCGAGGCCGACUCUGACCGUCAUCCCCCCCUUGCCCGAAAUCUCUGAGGGAGAUCAUCUUUAUUUGAUAUGUGGUACCCAAGGCACCCCGCCGGUAACCUUUAAGUGGUACCGUGUUGGAAACAAACAGCCGCUGUUCACCACCACCUCCAACAACAAUCACACAAACUACCAGGUCUCCGGGUUGACCAAACAGCACAGCGGCACCUACUACUGUGAGGCCGUCAACCACGCCAACAAUGCUGUCAGCAGCGAGUUGGUCGACAUAGAGGUUAACCUGGCAACGUGGAAGAAAGCUUUGAUCGGGGGGUUCUGUCUGCUGGUGGUCUCGGUGCUGGUGGUGGUACUUGUGCUGUGCUUCAGAUCCAAGAGAGGUAAAAGAGAAGCAGCUGCUGAAUUGUCAGUAAAGCCUUCGAGCCCUAAAUCAGAUGACUCUUUAAGAUUGAAUCUAACCCACGACACAGAGGUUUAUAAAGCAGCCACAGACGCAGCGCCGCACUAUGAUGGCAUGGAGGGGAGAGUGACCAAUGGGACGCGAGAUAGCGUGGCGUCGCUUCCCGCUGACAUCAGCAACAGGAGCAGCUACAGUAUCCCAGCCACAGUGUAGAGACACCCUGAUGUGGGAGGGACUUGAAUUCAAUUUUUAAAAAACUUUCAGAGAAAAGGAAGUUCUAAUAAAAGACUGAGAGCAAAAAAUCAAAAGGAACACACAUGGCAGUAAUCGUGCUUGUCACGCCAAGUGUUGUAGGAUUUGGACAUUCUCUUCAUAGAUGGGAUUUCUUAGUGAAAAGGAGGGGUGUGUUACAACCAAAAAAUGAACCAGCACCCGCUGCUCCCUCUCCCCUCCUCCUGCAAUCUAGAUGGCCUUUGAUUUUAUACUUAACAUUACUGUCUUUGUCCUUUGUUUCUUCGUUCGCCAUGUCUGUGCGAUUGCAUGUCCUCUAAAUGUUGCAACUGCUCUGUUUGUCUGAUAAGCAUCUUUAAAAGGAGUUGGUGAAUGUUUGAUUUGUAUAUACAUUUUUAUCACCAUCACAGGAAAUGUGUGUAUAUAUUUUUGGUUGAUCCCUUGACUGUCUGAAAGAGACACUUGUAGAAUAAAGAAGUUGGUUUUAUUUAGAAGCGUGUCAUUACCAUUCAUUUUGCUCCAGCUGUUGCAUCUGAGGCUAAAUUCAUAUGCUGAAAACUUUUGAAGUGCAAAAACUGCUAAGUGCAAGAAUGUGUAUUAUUAUGAUGCAUGUAUGAAUGUUUUAUUAUGGGCUCUGGAUGGUGUUAUCAUACCAGCACGGGUCCAAAGUGAGAAUUCCAACAUAACAUUAAGUCGAUUCAUUCUCUAAAAAGGAAUGCACAACAGAGACUUCCUUUAGAAGUUGAAACAAUAGAGUC